AUGAAAUACAUUAAAACAGACCAAAUCCUAGAUAUCCCACAAGACGUUAAAGUUCAAAUCAAAUCAAGAUUAGUCACAGUCUCUGGUCCAAGAGGUUCUUUGUCUAAAAACUUGCGUCAUAUUGAUAUAACAUUUACAAAAUUAUCAAACCAACAAAUCAAACUAACUGUUCAUAAUGGUGAUAGAAAACAUGUUGCCGCUUUAAGAACAGUCAAAUCUUUGAUUGCUAACAUGAUUACUGGUGUUACUAAAGGUUACAAAUAUAAAUUGAGAUAUGUCUAUGCGCAUUUCCCAAUUAAUGUUAAUGUUAUUGAACAAAAUGGUGAUAAAUUUAUUGAAAUUAGAAAUUUCCUUGGUGAUAAACAAAUAAGACAAGUUAAAGUUCAUGAAGGUGUUACUGUUGAGUUUUCUGCUAAUCAAAAGGAUGAAAUCGUUUUGAUGGGUAAUUCUGUCGAAAAUGUUUCUCAAAAUGCUGCUGAUAUUCAACAAAUUUGCAGAGUUAGAAAUAAAGAUAUUAGAAAGUUUUUGGAUGGUAUUUAUGUUAGUGAAAAAGGCACUAUUGAAGAAGAACAAUGA